AUGCCCACCAAAUCUCUGGGCAUUUUAGAUGUUGAAGAAUGGGAGGAGAUUAAAGCUGGCUGGAAACCCGCUCCGUCUGGCCAUCCGGUAAGGGGGAGGCGGAGCUCAUUUAAACGACUGAUGAGAUCGUUCACACCCUAUUUGUUCCCGUUUUGUUUAUCUACGACGGGGACUUCAGAAAAGCAACGCCCAACGGCCUACUUGGAUGGCCUACGUGGAUUUGCUGCCUUCCUUGUGUAUUGGCAUCAUCAUCAACUGUGGGCCCACCUCGCAACCCAUCAGACCGAAAUAUUCGAAGAUGCUUUCGGGUACGAUUAUAAGUACCACUUCGCCGCCUUUCAUGGCAUACGAACGUUCUUCUCCGGUGGCCACUAUGCUGUCUCUACCUUCUUCGUCAUCUCCGGCUACGUCCUAUCAGCGAAGCCAUUGAGCCUAAUACACGAUCAGGACUAUGUAAAAGUGGGCGACAAUAUAUCAUCGGCGCUAUUUAGACGAUGGCUACGACUCUAUCUACCACUCAUCGUUGUGACCUUUUGCUAUAUGACCUCCUGGCAUGUCUUCGGACUAUGGGCUGUCAACGCUCAACCAAAGGGGAGUUGGAAGGAGGAAUUGCGAUUCUGGUAUUUCGAAUUCAAAAACUUCAGCUUCUUGUACAAUUCAGGCGGAGAGCCUUGGCUUAGCUACCAGUUCCACGCCUGGUCGACCCAGGUUGAAUUCAAAGGAUCUAUCGUCAUAUACAGCUGCUUGCUCGCAUUCUCGAAAUUGGCUAGGAGCGCCCGGCUAUGGUGUCAGGUUGCUUUGAUAUUCUAUUUUAUAUACAUUGCGGAUGGCUGGUAUGCCGCGAUGUUCGUAUCGGGCAUGUUUCUCUGCGAUAUCGAUCUCCUUGCCGCGAAGAACGAGCUGCCAAGUGUCUUGGACAGGUUACGGCCGGCUAGGAGUUUCAUUUUUCACCAUCUUCUUGCACUGAGCAUCUAUUUAGGCGGUGUUCCAUCUGUCAAUUCUGACGUUAACCGCUUGAAGAAUUCUCGAGGAUGGUACUACCUCUCUUAUCUUAAACCCCAGGCUGUAUUCGACUAUAAGUGGUUUUACCUGUUCUGGGCGGCGACAAUUCUCGUUGCCUCAGUUCCCCGGAUUUCAUGGCUCAAAGGAUUUUUCGAGACCCGUUUCUGCCAGUAUCUUGGGCGUAUCUCCUUUGCUCUGUAUCUAGUACAUGGCCCUAUCCUUUGGACGCUUGGUGACAGAUUGUACACGGCCACUGGGUGGUACGAGGAAGCGCAGCAAGCUCACCUAUCCGGAUGGGUAGAUGCGUUGAGGUUGCCGAAAACAGGGCCGCUUGGUCUCGAGUUGUCUUUCCUGGCGCCACAUGUCAUUCUUCUACCCUUCACCAUCUGGCUGGCCGAGGUUGUCACGAAGUUGGUCGAUGAGCCGAGUGUAAGAUUUGCGCAGUGGCUAUAUCGGAGCCUCUUGCCUCAGCCUAUCAAGAGCACUGGGAGGGUAAGCAGUUGA